AUGUUUCCGCUAAGAGGCAUCAAAUUUUUGAAAGAGAGCUUGGAGCUACAAUGCAGGAUAUCUGUGAGACGAGUUGGAUUGAGCGGCAUGAUGGCCAUCUACAAUUUCAAGGUUGACAACUUAGUAAAAAUUUGUAGCGCUCUAGAACAGAUUUCUAAUUGGCAAGACAAAAAUAAUGCUAAUGACACGCAUUGCUUGUUGCAAACAUUGCGCAGUUCGGACUUUAUAAUAUCAUCUAUUUGCUUGAGUGAUGUUUUAGGCACAACUGUAUCCUUGAGCAGAGUAUUACAAACCAGCUCGAUUAAUUUAAAGAGGGCUACAGAGGCUAUAAACGACACAAUGAGUGUUCUGAGACAAAAAAGGGAACAAGUAAACACAGUGUUUUAA